AUGCUUAUGGGGAACCAGGGGGGCAGAGGCCGUCUGCACCCCUUGCUGCUCUCCAGCACCCCCCAACCCCUCUCCUGGAAAGCCGGCGGGCCGGGUGGGCCGGGGAGGACAGAGGAGAGGGGGGUCAAUCUCUCCCCUAAGUCAUCCACCCCCCACUUUCCUCUCUGGGUCUCCUUUACAGUGUCCUCAUGUACAGACAGGAGUUUGUCCCCGGAUCUCCAGGACCCCAUGCAGGACGACACCAAGGAAACGGACAACUCCACCUCCUCGGACAAGGAGACCACCAACAACGAGAACGAGGAGCAGAACUCGGGCACCAAGCGGAGGGGUCCCCGCACCACCAUUAAAGCCAAGCAGCUGGAGACCCUCAAAGCUGCCUUCGCCGCCACCCCCAAACCCACCCGCCACAUCCGGGAGCAGCUGGCCCAGGAGACCGGCCUCAACAUGAGAGUCAUCCAGGUGUGGUUCCAGAACCGUCGGUCGAAGGAGCGGCGGAUGAAGCAGCUGAGCGCGCUGGGCGCCCGGCGACACGCGUUCUUCCGCAGCCCCCGCAGGAUGCGGCCCCUCGGCGGCCGCCUCGACGAGUCCGAGAUGCUCGGCUCCACGCCCUACACGUACUACGGAG